AUGACUGACUCAAACUAUACACCACCAACUGCGGAGGAUAUAUUUCGCUACCGAUAUCAGCAUGGUACCAAUCUAGGCUCUAUGUUCGUCCAUGGGCCUUGGUUAAGUGACGGUGCAUCCAGUACCGACUCCGGAAGCUCCAAGGAGCUCGAAGAGGUAAAAAGGUCGCUCAAGGCUUGCGGCCUUGAGGAAACCCGUUUAAAAUGGGAAGCACACUGGCGGACUACUCUGACCGAUUUCGAUAUCAUAUGGCUUAAAGAUGUGGCACGAUGCAAUUCAAUACGGAUCCCGAUAGGCUUUUUUACCCUUGGGCCAGUCUUCUGUGCGGGUACAGAUUUCGAAGGCGAGGCAUCUGAGGUGUACGUCAAUUGCUGGAAUAUCCUAAAACGUCUCAUCGAGAAAUGCUACCACCAUGGUAUCGGAGUCCUGAUUGAUUUUCAGACCAUUCCAGGUAGUAUGGACCGGAACAGUCACAGUGAGAUCAGGAUUGCUGACUUUUGCGCGAGUGAGCGCAAUUGGGCGAUGGCCACGGACUGCAUCACUUUUAUCGUUCAAGAAGUUACGUAUCAUGCGAUGUCUGGGGUGAUCGGAGUUCAGAUAUCUAGCGAAACGGACUGGAAAACUUGCGAUCUUCAGAAAUGGUACGAUGAAGUUCUCGAAAUCACGAGCUGUAUCAACCCACCCCUUCCCAUCUACAUCAGUGAUGGUGGGGAUUUUGCCGAGGCGUUGGACUAUGCUAUGAUGAAAAACAGACUUCAGAGCCCUGUAGUCAGGAGUCCGAUUAUCGUGGAUACCCACAAGUAUUACACGACGGGGUCAUAUCAGCACAUGGAUCCCAGGACUAUCAUCUCACGGAUUCACAGUGAGCUAUCUGAACUUUCAACUCGUCAAGGCAAAGUGGGCUCUUGUAGAACUGCAGUAGAUGCCUACAUCGGACAAUACAGCUGCGCAAUGGAUGCACAAAGCUGGGCCCGCGUGGAUGCGGCCGAGAGGCCGGCAUUAACCAAGACCUUCGGUCAAGAACAGAGCAAACAGUGGGAGUCCAAGACAUGCGGAUCCGCUUUCGUGGGCUACAAAAUACACCGGAUAACUGGUGAUGAGUGGGACUUUGAGCGGCAAGUCAGUACUGAUGCUAUACCGCCUCCUUCAUGGCUCGCGAUUCCCCGAGCACAAGUUAUUAGUAAAAUUACACAGGCCGAGACCCAACGAUUGCAGUCCCGAGAGUCUGCUUUAUCACAACACUCGAACUCACCAAAUACUCGCGAGCGCCAACAGUGUGCCUUUGGCUGGGACCUUGGAUUCAAUGAUGCGUUGAGCUUCUUUGGUGCAUUGUCACGAGACGUUCUUACUGGUGGUUGGAACGGAGGGGAGAAAAUAGGAGCAAUGGAGCUGUGGGUUCGAAAACGAUUCGCUGAAACUGGAAAGUUGAAUGAGGACUUUGCUGAGGAAUGGGAAAAUGGUUUCAGGAAGGGCGUCGGCGACUUCUACGACUUAGUCGGUAUCUACACUAACAGUGUUCAUUGA